AUGACAUCGCGAAAGCGCACCCGCUCCGACGUGGACGCUGUCCCCAAGCAGCCAUCGGAGGAGCCUGGCUUGUUGCAACAGCUGCGAAAUUGCUGGGAGUUUGCCAAUCUCAUGCAAUACAUUGCCAUGUUUGGGACGGUUAUGAAGAUUGAUGAGGAUUUUGGGAUUGACGAUUUGGAAACCGAAUGUCUUAAGCCUGGUUCUUCGGAGAAGUUGUUGGAAAUUGGAUUGUGCCUGCUUAAAUGGAUUUCGUCGCAUCGGGGUCUCACGUUUGAUAACUUUGACGAGUACACGCGACGCCAGUACAAUGCCAAAGCACCCCACCUACCUAACCCCUUUGGAUACGACGAGGUGCCGAACAAGUUCUCCGAAUUCGACGUGUUUUUGAAACUUCGUGUCCUACACCAGCUGUCCGUGUGGACGUUUUGGAACGCUGACCGGAUUCGGGAUAAGUUGCCGGAGCAGAGGGAGAUUGAUCAGACAGAAUGGCGUAUUGAAGAGAUUGGAUACGAUCGCGAAGGCUGCUACUACUACGUGCUAGACGACAACAGAUUAUACCGUCGUACCGAUCCCCCCCUUCCCCCUCCUAAAGCCGCCAAGCCCAAAGCAAAGAGCAGGAGUGCUAGAGCAGCGCGAGCGUCUAAGCGGAGAAAAGUGUCAAGUGCCGCCGAUGAGGAAGCGGAUGAAGACAUCAAGGAUGUCGAUGGCGAUGCCUCUGAGGAUCCUUACACACGUAUGAAAUGGGAGUGUGUUGCUGUCACGCUGCCGGAGUACCAGCAAUUCUUGGACACAAUCCGCACCACCCGGGAUGCCGACGAGAAAAUCUUGAGGGAUACGAUCGUUGAACAUGUCUUACCCUUGCUUGAGAAGGAAGAAGAGGCUCAGGAGCGGAAGAGAGUCAAGCGUGAAAAGGAGCUUGUCAACCUCCAGAUGCUCGCUGGUGCGAAACGGUCAAGUCGUAUUGCCGGAAAGGCUGAAAAGGAGCGACAUGAGCGAGAGGCGGCAGAAGCAGCCCGAAAGCAUGAGGAAGAUUUGGCUGUGGCCCGUAAAGAACAGGAUAAACAGAAGAAGUUGGAGUCGGAAAGACAGUCGCGGAUGAUGACACGGGAGCAACGCAUCAAAGACCGAGAGCAGAAGCGACUCUUACAUGAAGCUGAACUCGAGAGGAUAGCCGAAGAACAACAAAAGCUCGAAAGGGGUGAAAGCAGAGCGUCUGAGCGACAUCUCAAGGCUGAAUUGGAGCGGCAAAGGAAGAACUUGCAGGAUCUCAACCAGGAAGACCAAUGGAUUUUCGACUGCUCUGGGUGUGGAGUGCACGGAGAGAACUUGGAUGAUGGAUCUCAUAGUGUUGCAUGCGAAAAGUGCAGUGUAUGGCAGCACAGCAAAUGCCUUGGUAUUGGACAAGACGAGGCCGAGAGGGAGGAUUUCCACUUUGUCUGCCAUGACUGCAAGCAACGAGAAGAAGAGGCCAAGCUUCCCAAACUCCCGCCGUUGAAAUUCAAGGUCGGCUCAUCACCGUUGUCUGCUCCCGUUGCUGCGGAUAGCGAACGGAUUCAAGAGUCGUCACCUACGAAAAAGGCGCGUGGUCCGGUCACCAACCCGCAGAUUGGCUCUCCAUCCGGGCAACCGGUUUUCCAGCCUACUCUACCUCAUCCUCCGUCGUCGCCUGAACGUCGUCCACAGGCAGCGGUUUCGUCCAGUCCUACACGAGCACCGUUCUCUCCGUCGAAGAGCGUGAACGGGUUUACUCCUAAGGAACACACCCCAAAGUUACCACCGAUGCAACAAGCAACACAUCUACCGCCCACUGGCUUGGGGUCCUUUAAUUCGAGCCCGUUUCAGUCACCGCGACGACCGUCGUCUUCCCACUCUAUGCAAAGCCACAACGUACCUUCGCCUAUUCAAAAUCGACCGUCCAUGUCUCCGACGCAGGGGAACCGGGAUGUUGGUCCUCUGGCAGGGUUCCCGGCGGGCGCUCCAUCUAAUGGGUCAGGGCCAUGGACACAUCAGACUCCGCGCCCGAGCACUGGCAACCAGGCCACUACUUCUAUACGCAGUCGCCCAUCCUUUUCUGCCGCUACCCCUGGGAGCCAAUCUUCACCUCCGCAGAGCUCACACGGAGUGCCGCUUUCAGGGAUCAGCCCGACCAAGCAUUCACCCCGCCCGAUGACGUCUGGAAGUAUCGCAGGAGCACCUAUCCUGCCACCGAUUCAGAGACUCGAACCGAGCCCGAAGCUGAUGGGCCGGAGCUCACCGGAUGCACCGAUUCCAGCACCGAUGAAGUGCAUGACACCGGAACAGGAGGAGCGUCGACAGCGGGAGACGGCGUUGAUAUUCCAAGCCCAGGGGCAUUCGCAGGCGAACAAUGGGCAACAUGGAUUGAUGUCAUCACCGUCGCUCAACCGCAUUCCACCAUUAGGGCCAUCGGCCGUGUCUCAGCAGCCUGGAUCGGAUCAAGCCACAGAGAAAUGA